CCACUGAGUUUAAAAUGAAAUGUCUUGUAGCUUGGACGUUUUUAGUGAUCCACGGAUCGCUGGCAAUACAUUUGCUAGAUCCCAACUGUGUGAAAAGCCAGACUGGGAUCAGUUAUCACAUAAUUCAUGGCCAAAAUGCUGAUACAAAGGCCAAUCAAUGGAUGGUGCAGAUACUUCUAAAUGGCGAUCACCAUUGUGGCGGCUCGCUAGUCACCUCUCGAUUUGUUUUGACUGCCGCUCAUUGCCAGAGCGGAUUACAACUGAAAGCGCGUUUGAUAGGACGUGGCGGAACCACCUUAGACUACGAUUGCUCAGGGGAUAGUUGCAAGCCCAUGAGUGCAGAAAUCGAUGUGGAUGAUAUGUAUAUACACCCCGAUUAUUUGAGCUACCACCAAAACGACAUCGCUAUGUUUCGACUGGCACAAUCUGUGAAUUAUACUGAUCUAGUGAGACCGAUUUGUGUGGUGCAGUUUUCCUAUUGGGAACCUGAUCACUACGAGCUUCUUAACGAAAUCACCACGUUCAAUGUGACUGGCUGGGGCAAGACGGAAAGGGGAUACAACAGUCCGAAGCUGCUAUCAACUAGCUUAUAUAAUCUCGAUCGUACAUUUUGCCUUAAUAUCUACUGGAGGAAAAUCGGACAAUCACACAUCUGUGCUGGCCAUGCAAUAUCCGCCACUUGCACCGGAGAUUCUGGAGGUCCGUUGAGCGCAGAGCGGACCUUUUUGGGAUUUUCUCGUACCUUUUUGUUCGGUUUGACUAGUUAUGGCAUUCCAAGUUGUGAUCAGCCUUCCGUUUUCACAAAUGUGUUGUACUACUCAAGGUGGAUUGGACAUAUUGUUGACAAAUACACUCCCAAUUAAAAUUUGUAAAAGCUAGCCCUUCUGGGGAGACUUUUAAUGUUUUUCCCCGCUGACGGGGAGUAUCUGGAAAUGUUUCAAUAAAGUGCAAUCUUGUCCCUAGAA